GCCAAAAAGAGACGCCGGUUCAUCAGAAUUGCCGAAUUUCUCUUUCCCUUCAAUAUCCGCAUAAGCCCCAUUAUGGCAUUAGCGAAUGGGAGCUAGAAUUUCCAUUCGCGACAGAAUUUUUUUUCCCCCCUUCUCCCAACUGCCCCUCUUCAGACUGGCACCGACCUUCAGUGCUAGAUUUGGUCUGAAUAGGACAGCAAAAGGCAUGACAAGGUGCGCCAAAGCCGCGACAACACACUCGACGAGGGCAGCCGUCGACUGCCAAUACCCCUGAAUGGUCAUUGGAAGUCAAUACGUCUAUCCGCCGUACACGGAUAUCCGUCUCUUCUAAUUCCCAAGGCUGGUCCCAGCCGACCUCAGCCAACGUGUCUCCUUCCAUCUCCCCCCUUCCUUUCGCUUCUCUACUCAGCCCCUUUCGAACCCCCGCAGCGAGCUCUGCAUUUUUAACCCCGCGCCUCGUGCCUAGCUGCACUGCAAUCUACAUCUCCACUCGCCUCUACGCCAACAAGCGACGAAAAAUGCCUCCCAAGAAGCAAGUCGUCGAGGAGAAGAUCCUGCUCGGCCGUCCGGGCAACAACUUGAAGAGCGGCAUCGUUGGUCUGGCCAACGUCGGCAAGUCGACGCUGUUCCAAGCUAUUACCAAGUGUAGCCUUGGUAACCCCGCCAACUUCCCCUAUGCCACCAUCGACCCGGAAGAGUCCCGCGUCAUCGUACCGGAUGAGCGCUACGAUUGGCUGUGCGAAAAGUACAACCCCAAGUCCCGCGUCCCGGCCCACCUGACCAUCUACGAUAUCGCCGGCCUGACGAGAGGUGCCUCGACGGGUGCCGGUCUUGGCAACGCCUUCCUGUCACAUAUCCGAGCGGUCGAUGCCAUCUUCCAAGUCGUCCGAUGUUUCGACGAUGCAGAGAUCAUCCACGUCGAGGGUGAUGUUAACCCCGUUAGAGACCUGGAUAUUAUCGCGGAGGAGCUGCGACUGAAGGACAUUGAGUUUGUCGAGAAGGCGUUAGAGAACUCCAAAAAGAAGACUCGCGUCGGCGGUCAGAGCUUAGAGCUCAAGAGGGCCAAGGAGGAAGAGGCCACGAUAGAAAAGGUCCUCGCGUGGCUGAAAGAUGGCAAAGACGUCCGAAAAGGCACAUGGACACCGAAAGAGGUCGAAGUCAUCAACACCCUUUUACUCCUCUCGGCAAAGCCGGUAGUAUACCUCGUCAACUUGUCCGAGAAGGAUUACACUCGCAAGAAGAAUAAACAUCUGUCAAAGAUUGGCGAGUGGAUGAAGGAGCACGCGGCGGGCGACCCCAUUCUACCCAUCUCUAUAUCCUUCGAGGAGCGCCUUACCCGUUUUGCUUCGGACGAGGAAGCCGCCGCAGAGUGCAAGAACCUCGGUAUCGAGUCAGCAUUACCCAAGAUCAUCACGACUAUGCGGAAGGCGUUGAAUCUUGGCAGCUUCUUCACGACCGGCGCCGACGAGGUAAGGCAGUGGACCAUCAGACUUGGCACCAAGGCUCCCCAGGCUGCUGGUGUCAUUCAUACGGACUUCGAGAAGACAUUUAUCCAGGCCAUAGUCUACAAUUUCGAUGUCCUCAAAGAGCUAGGCGACGAAUCCGAAGUCAAAUCCAAAGGUAAAAUCAUGACCAAGGGCAAGGAGUACGUCGUAGAGGAUGGCGACAUCCUACUGAUCAAGGCUGGCGCGGCCAAAGGCUGAAGAGCAAAAAUAGACCAUCUACUAAGUUUAGAGGCUACUUUGGCUCGACUCAGAGCUAGAACAAUAAUUCAAUCAUGGGCCAUGGGGCCUCGCGAUACUUACUGUCGCCUCGCUUACUAUACAGUCUUUCGUGUCCAGCCUAGUCGGAAACAACGCGGCCUACACGGCCCCAGACGCUUCGGUGUCGCUAGAUUUAUGUAGUUAGUGCUGCUUAAAGGCUUCGUUACGAAGUUGCGAAGUAUACUUUCAUUGAAGAACCUUCGCAGGGGAGGCGAGCAUUGUGGGAUAUCGAGAACCAUGGCCUGUCUACAUCACGCUAUGCGCAUCUUAUCCAUCUAACCAAUACUUGGGGAAUCACUGACUGGCCUUCCUAUCCCGUGUUCCACUAUGAAAAGCUGCCCGCCCACAGUAUAAGGCGAUACAUCGCCACACGAAUCGCUUCGGCUCCCCCUUCGGCCCCUCAAGUUCCACUGGCUACCGUCAGCCUACCCUGAUUCCGAGCGUCGCAAGCUCCUCGCGAUACUGCUCGGCGCCGCGCGCGACGGCCUCGAAUGUGCGCGCAGGCAGCUGCAGCAGCGCGUCAGCCACGAUGUCGGCCUCGCGGCGCGCGCGGUCCUCGGGAGUGGCCCAGUCGAACGUUGGCUCUUCGUCCUCCUCGUCCUCUUCGCC